AUGCCUCCCAGACAACAAGGAAAAACACCAUCAAACGAAGAGUUAUUUAAUGCUUUAAAUCAAGUACAAACCCGUAUGACAGAAAAUCAUAAUAAUGUGAUGGACCGACUCGAUCGUAUGGAUGCAGCGAUUGCUGACCUGACGAAUCUUGUCCGUCAACAUGUGGAAAGGGCGACUGCCGUCGAAACGACACAAUCAUUGCGUGUCUAUCAAGGUGAAACAAUUGGCAAUCGUAUACCUAGACCUUCCAAUCUCAACGGAAAGACCGGGUUUUUCCAAUACUUGCAAGCCCACUUGGCCGAGAAUGAUCAGCACAAUGAGUUGUACCUGUGUGUUAACCGUGCCGCUCUGGUAAGUGUACAAAGUAUGCGAAAUGCACACGGGGAACUGGAAUUCGUUGGAUGGGGAGGGCUUGGUCAUGACUAUAAGCUGGAAAUGGCUGAGAACACGUUGGAGAUUGCAUUGCAAGAAUACAACGAGUUGGAUGUUAUUAGACGAUGUCACGAUCUUUGGCCUUGUGUGUUAUUAUGUUAUCCUCAACAGUCUGAUCAUUUUACAGACAAAAUGGACACAAAUGUCCGCCUACCAGAGACGACAAAGACCACCUGCGGUGGUAAAAACCCUUGA